AUGGUCAAAUCUACGCAGAUCGCACGGCUCGAUGGCCUCAUGCUUGCGGCUUCCGUCGACGAUGAGCAGGUCGAAACAGAACUCUCCGAGGUCAAGUCGCAGGCCAAGAUGAUCUUCAGGCGGCUGAACAAGAAUUCGGAACAGCAAGCCAGCAUUGAAUCCGGUCAAUACUCUCUCCAUUACAUCAUCAGAGACUCCGUCUGCUUCCUCUGCAUUUGCGACAAGUCCUAUCCACGGAAGCUCGCUUUCACCUAUCUCUCCGAUCUCGCGCAAGAGUUCACGACCAUCUAUCCGUCAGGGCAAUAUCUGUCGGCUACCCUGCGUCCAUAUGCAUAUGUCGAAUUCGAUACUUUUAUCCAGAGAACCAAGAAGACGUAUCAGGACAGCAGAGCAAGCGCAAACUUGGACAAAUUGAAUGAUGAGCUGAAGGAUGUCACCAAGGUCAUGACGAAGAAUAUUGAGGAUCUUCUUUACCGGGGAGACAGCCUUGAGAGGAUGGGCGAGAUGAGCGGCCGGUUGAGAGAGGACAGCAAAAAGUACAGGAAGGCAGCUGUACGGAUCAACUGGGAACUCAUGCUGAAACAGUAUGGUCCAUUUGCUGGUCUCGGCUUGAUCAUCAUCAUCUUCCUGUGGUGGAGAUUUUUCUAG